UACGUAAUUCUGCUGUCCUUGUUGCUUAUCCCAAACGCGUUCUUCUCUCAAACGGAAACGGUCUCCAGCAAAUUUCCUCUCCUUCCUGUUUGCUUUCUUCCCUUACCGCCAAAUCUAUGGAUUACGAUUUCAGGAACAGGGCAGCUUCACCAUACGAUCAAAUCCCUAUUUAUAGGACGUCUUCUUCGUCAUCGGCUCCGUCUAGCCACCCUAUGUACGGACAGUCUCUCUAUCCGAGAAUCGGUCAACAGGGCCACGCGGCAGUGCCUCCCUCAGGCCGCCACUCCUCAUAUCACCAGACCUCCGCUCCUUCGCCCUCUUCUUCAGGAUUAGGCAUUCGAGUUGCUGUAAAGCCAGAGUAUCGGAUCACUCCUCCGCCUCAGCUAUCGCCACAAGUGGGAGAUAUUCCACGGAGUAGCUUCCAGUUUGAUUUUGAGUUUGAACGAAAAAUUUUAGCUGAAGCAGAGAAGGAAAGCCAGAACUGGAGCAAGCUUGGGUUGGAAAAUCUUCCAUCAAAAACAACAGAAUCAACUUCUUCAUUGGGUUCAACUGUAGAUCCUGUAGUGAGCAAAUACAUAAGAUCAGGACUCAAGCCAGAAGCUGUUCCUUUCGCCGUUGCUAACUAUGGAGACAAUCCAACUAAGGUUCAAGAAUUUGUCAAUGGCUACAGCCUUUUAAGAGAAAUGGGAUUUGCAUCGAACAGCGUAGCUGAAGCUUUACUCAUGUAUGACAAUGACACGGACAAGGCGUUGGCACAUUUUCUCAACAAUUCGUCGUGAACAGACUGGAAAUAGAUGGCUGAAGGUGAUGCUGAUUUUCAAAUUGUGGUAUCCAAUGGUAGUCUGGUUUUAUUCUCAUUGUAAAAUUAUGGGCAACCGUUUACAUUUUGCCUAUAUAUAAUAUUACUUCUAUAAUUGUUAACAUCCCUUCCAUGGUAUAACAUUCGGCUAUUUCUGUCUUGUUGCAAAA